CGUCUUAACCCCCUUGGAUUUUUUCAUCUUAUUCUUAAGUACUUUGAUAAUACAAGAGUAUCUGAUAUUUAUUACAUAAAAAACUAGGUGCUACGUAUUUCAAUAUUUAGUUUCCUUUGAGACAGCGAAAUGUUUAUUAAAGAGAGUUCUAUUUUAUUAUUGAUAUGCUGCGUUUUCAUUGCGUACUGCGAGGCGAGUGAUCGACACGAUGUGAGGAAAUUUCCUGAAGGUUUCUUAUUUGGCGCGGCUACUGCUGCGUAUCAAAUUGAAGGUGGUUUCAACGAAGAUGGAAAGAGCGAAAGCAUCUGGGAUCGCUUAAGUCACCAAGUUCCAAGCGUUGUUCAGGACGGAAGCACUGGUGACAUCGCCGAUGAUUCAUACCAUCUGUACAAAAGAGACGUUGAAAUGAUGCGGGAACUUGGUCUCGAUUUUUACAGGUUUUCUUUGUCGUGGACGAGGAUCUUGCCUACAAGCUUUCCUGAUAAAAUCAAUGCCGCAGGAGUGGAAUAUUACAAUAAUUUGAUAGACGAAAUGCUUAAAUAUAACAUCUUUCCACUGGUCACGCUAUACCAUUGGGAUUUACCACAGAAAUUAAUGGACAUGGGAGGUUGGACCAACCCACACAUUGUAGACUGGUAUGCGGAUUACGCACGUGUUGCUUUUGAGACAUUUGGAAAUAAAGUCAAACACUGGAUCACGAUAAAUGAACCGAAAGAAAUAUGUUAUCUGGGGUAUGCUACCGGACUCCUGGCUCCAAGGAUAAAAGGUUCAGGAUAUGCCGAUUACAUGUGCAGUAAAAAUGUAUUGAUGGCCCACGCUAAAGCCUAUCAUAUUUACGACGAAGAGUUUAGACCCAAGCAAAAUGGAAGUAUUUUCAUUUCUAUAAGCGCAGAGUGGAAUGAACCUGAAAGUGAAAUACACGCAGAAGCGGCUGACGAUAAAGCACAGUUCGAUUGGGGACAAUAUGCUCAUCCAAUAUUCUCGAAAACCGGUGGCUAUCCUGAGGAAAUGACGCAAAUAAUAUCAAGAAAGAGCGCUGAACAAGGUUUCUACAGAUCCCGAUUGCCAGAAUUCUCUCCCGAAGAAGUCGAAUACGUAAAAGGCACCUCCGAUUUUUUUUGUCUUAAUCACUACUCCACUCAAGUAGUCUAUAGGAACGAGUCUGCUGUUGGAUACUACGAUACUCCGUCGCAUGACGACGACGUUGGUGUGCGAAUAUAUCAGAAAGAAGAAUGGCGUAUCGGAAAGUCACAAGUUACUAUGUACGUGCCCUGGGGAUUUUAUAAUCUGUUAAAAACUAUCAGAGAGAAAUACAACAAUCCUCCUGUUUUCAUUACUGAGAAUGGUUUCGCAACUCACGGAGGUUUGGAGGACAACGACCGCGUCACCUACUACAGAGGAUACCUCAACAGCGUGCUCGACGCUAUAGAAGAUGGCUCCGACAUCAGAGGGUACACCACUUGGAGUCUUAUGGAUAACUUCGAGUGGGUGAGGGGAUACACUGAAAAAUUUGGACUGUACGAAGUGGAGUACGAGAGUCCAGCGCGCACGCGCACUCCGCGCAAAUCCGCUUUCGUGUACAAGGAGAUCAUCCGCUCUCGCUCGCUGGACCACCACUACGAACCCAACACCACUAUCAUGACCAUCGAUGAAAGACAUUAAUAUACAUUAUCAACGAAUACUAAA